AUGACUUUCAAUAGAUCUAGAUCAACUACUAACUAUAAUUAUUUUAUAAAUAAUUUGUCUCUUCUUCGUUCUAACGGUCCUAUUAAAGACCUAGGUAUAUUAUUUGACCCAAAGCUAAAAUUUGAUUGUCACAUUCACAUGAUUAUUAACAAAUCACAUCAAUUAUUAGGUUUUAUUAAUCACAGUUGUUCAGAUUUUACUGAUAAAUUUACCCUAAAAUCAAUUUAUUGUUCGUUAAUACGUCCCAUCUGUGAAUAUGGUUCUAUUGUAUGGUAUCCCUACCAGACAGGCAAAAAAACAAGAUUGGAAAAAGUACAACACAAAUUCUUACGCUUUAUCUCAUUUAAGUGUUCCAUACCUAGAGAACCUCACACAACAUACAAUCCAAUCCUAUCUUUAUUAAACCUCCACACUUUGGAAUACAGCCGUAUAAGUCUUGACUUAUGUUUCCUUUAUAAGCUUUUGAAUGGUAAUGUAGACUGUCCCGAUUUUUUAAACCGUUUAACCUUCUAUACUCCCACUUUUAAUACGCGAUCGACUAACACUUUUCGUUCAAGCCUACAAGUUACUAAUUAUGCAAAUAAUACUCCCUGCAAUAGAUGA